AUGACUCUUCCCCAGCUUUGGCGACGGCUUCCUCGAGCCCGAGCCUUGUGCAUCACAUGUGAGUGCUUGUGCUUGAUCUGUCGCAAGGUCUCAGCUCAUGAUAUCCGCAGUACAUUGACCAUCCCUGCCAGCCGUGCAGCUGUUCCAGCCGCCUCACGCAUCCGCGCUGCCCUCGUUCAGCCCCGUUCACCCAGAGUGAUGGCCUCCGCAACGCAGCCCAAGAGACCUGCCGGCGGCGCCUACGGUCAGUUCAUGAACGAGAAGCGUGCCGAAUUCCAGAAGGAGCUUGCGGGCCAAAGGGCAUCGGAGGUUGCAAAGCUCGGGGGUGAGCGCUGGAAGAAGCUCAGCGAGGCUGAAAAGGCAGUGUAUCAGCAGAAGUACGAGGCUGCGAAGGAGAAGUACGAUAAGGACCUGGAGGCUUUUGAGGCGGCCGGGGGUGUGAAGGAGAAGAUCACUCGCAAGGGCAAAGACGAAAAGGCAAAGGGUAAGAAGGCGAAGGACCCCGAUGCCCCGAAGAGGCCAGCGGGUGGUGCCUACGGUGUCUUCCUCGCCGAAAACCGCGCUGAGAUCAUCAAGACCCUUCCGAACGGCUACAAGGUGCCUGAUAUCGGCAAGGCAGCUGGUGCCAAGUGGAAAGCCCUCUCGGAGAAGGAACAGAAGCCCUAUCAGGAGAAGUACCAGAAGAAGAACGAGGAAUACAAGGCUGCCAUGGAAGAGUACAAGAAGCUGCACGGCAAGGAUGUGCCAGUGGACGAUGACGAGGAGGAGGAAGAGCCCGCCAGCAAGAGAGCUCGCUUGGCGAAGGCGGGUUGCUGA